AUGCAAUCUCUUUUAAAACGUACACUUAUCUACCAUUCAUUACAACUGAAGCCUCGCGAAUUUACCUUCGGUACAAGAACACUUUACACUGCACAGCGACAAGUCUCAUCUAUGAACAUGGGUCUCAAGACUGAUUUCACGCUUUACACCGCAUUAACACCAAAUGGUAUCAAGGUUCCAAUCUUGCUUGAAGAGCUUGGACUCGAAUACAAGUUGUACCAUGUGAAGCUCAGAGAGAAUGAGCAGAAACUGCCCUGGUUUCUGGACAUUAAUCCCAAUGGCCGGAUCCCCGCCUUGACCGAUACGUGGCCGAGCGGGAAAGAGCAACGUAUUUUUGAAAGUGGUGCAAUCCUUGAGUACAUUGUUGAGCGCUACGAUACGAACAACAAAUUCUCGUACCCAAAGGACUCCCCUGAGUAUUGGGAGGUAAAGAGUUGGCUCUCUUGGCAAAUAGGCGGUUUAGGCCCUAUGCAAGGACAGCUAGAGCAUUUUAGGAGAUAUGCCGCCGAGAAAAUAGAGUACGGUAUUAGCCGCUAUGACAAUGAAACUCACCGCCUGUAUAACACUAUGGAAACUCACCUGGCUAAGUCCCCUCAUGGACUGCUUGUCGGUGACCGCAUUACCAUAGCCGAUAUAGCCUGCCUAGGCUGGGUCGCUAAUCACGAACUAGAUGGUGUGUCUCUCGACAAGUACCCUUAUCUAGAAAAAUGGCUGAAGAAGCUUUUGGCGCGCCCAAGCUACGAAAAAGCCCAAAAGAUGCUAUCAUAG